CUUUGGAAAACCCUAAUUUUUUUUCAUGUAUUUGGACUGCAAACUCAUUGCAUGGUAAGGGAAGAAAACCCUAAUUUUUUUUCAUGUGUUUGGACUGCAUAUUCAUUGCAUGGUAAGGGCAGAAAACCUUAAUUUUGUUUUCAUGUAUUUGGACUGCAUACUGGAAAACCCUAGUUCUUUUUCGUGGUAGACAACCCUAACUGUUGGUAGGUGGAAAGCCCUAGUUUUUUCUUUUUUGUGUUCCCGAAUCACCUCUCGAAGUGUUUAAACUCACCAAAACCUGAUGCUAACUUGAUUCUAAACGGAAUCCUUCUUAAUAAAACUCGGAGUUGCCGAGCAAAUCAAUUGGGGCAGUUGUUUAGAAACAGGAGAUUUUAUUGUAUUCCUUCUUCUUCUCUCUCAAUUUCUCUUACCAGUUACCAAUCCUUCCUUCCUGCAGGUAUGAUGCCCUCAAACAACUCAAACAACUCUCCUUGCGCUGCUUGCAAGUUCCUCCGCCGCAAGUGCACGACUGAGUGCGCCUUCGCCCCUUACUUUCCCCCUGAUCACCCCGAGCGUUUUGCCGAUGUACACAAGGUAUUCGGUGCUUCUAAUGUCAGCAAGCUCCUCAACAAUAUCUCUCCUCCCAACCGGGAAGCUGCUGUCACGGGCCUCUUCUUUGAGGCCAGGAAGCGCAUUCAGGACCCUGUCCAUGGCUGCACGGCCCACAUCAACGAGCUCUACGGCGAACUCAAUGAACUCUAUGACCUCAUUAAGAAUGCGAUGAACGAACUCGCCACUUAUAGCCCCCCUUAUCCCCACCCCCAACUCCACCACUACUUGGAGAUGCCUGCAUUGCCUCCUUCCUCCAAACAACAGCAAUUGCCUACUGCCUUUGCCCCGCCGCAGCAACUUUCUGCUGUGCAGCAGUAUCAGCAGUUGUCCGCAAAUGCUGUACAACCGCGCGAGCAGCAACCGUCUGAACACCGGACGUUGCCUUUGCAGCGGAAGAUUAGCUCGUGCCACCACCACCACUACCAAGAGAUGAUGCAUGCUGCAUCUCCAUCUGCAUCACAACAACUCCAGCAGCUGUCUGCUUCUGCUUCUGCUGCUGGUGCUGCACAACAACACAUGCAAUUCUCAGCUGCCAGGCCUGUGAAGACGGAAGGACAACUCCAUUGCACGAAGCAGCCCAUGAUGAUGCCACUGCCGCCGCCACAACAGCAGCGACAACAAGUUGUGACAGGGUAUGAGGCCGAGCUCCGAAGUAGGGAGAAAGCUUUUGUCGAGGCCUUCAAGGCUGGACGCGACGGAUGCAGGUCUUACUUGCAUGGUGAUGGUGGUGAGCCUCAUUCUUCUUAA